GUCUCCUGUCCUCAUUGAGGACUACAUGGUGAAGGACAUGAAGCCCGGAAGCGUCAUCAUCGACCUGGCCGCUAUGGGUGGUGGUAACUGCACCUUGACGAAAGCUGGCGAGAAGUACACCACCGACAACGGGGUGACGAUCGUGGGCUACACAGACUUGGCCGGACGCAUGGGUGAGCAAGCCUCUGCAAUGUAUGCCACGAACAUGAUGCACAUGGUGAACCACAUCACAGGCAAGGAGGGCGCGCCCGCCUUCAUGCCAAAUGUCAACAAGGCCCUGGAGAGCGACCAGGGCGACAUCAUCGUGAAGUCCAUCGUCUGCUGCAAGGACGGACAGGCCAUUGUGGCUCCUCCGCCCCCAGAUCCCACGCCGGUGAAGAAGAAGGAGCCGAAAGCGGCCAAGGCCGAGGUCAUCAUCGACCCGGAGAAGGAGGCUCGGCAGACGUCCCGCGUCGUGGCCGGCACUUCCGCUCUGGCGAUUGGUGCCUCGAUGGGUGGUGACCCAG